AAACGUAAUUUAUUUUAAAAGCGAAUAAAAGUCGGUUUUGAGAUCUAGAUUAUUAAUAUAUUAUUUAUUGAUAAUUGUUAAAUAUACUUUAUACAGUUUUUAAAGAUUCUAUACCGAACACCAAAAAACACGUGGUGUACAUUUGGACAUUAAAUUAUUUUUAGUGAAGAGUUAUUAAAGUAAAGCUUUAAAAAUGGGUAUGGUACAAAAGCGUAAAAAGAUGCACUCUGGCGACACACAUCUUCGUCGGCGCUGGCGUGUUCGAAAUCGAACUCGCGAUCUGGAUCAAAUAGAUUCUGACAUAAAUACACAGAGCGCAGAACUUAUUAAUCAACCUGUUGACUUGGAGCAACCUGGAUUUGCACAGUUUUAUUGUAUACAUUGCGCAAAAUAUUUCACCGAUGAUCACGCAAUGCAAUCACAUUUCCGUACGAAAGUACAUAAGAGACGUUUAAAAGCUUUAGAAACUGAACCGUAUAGUGUUGAGGAAUCUGAACGGGCUGCUGGUCAUGGCAGCUAUAAACAGCCGAAAAAACGUGUUAUGGAAACACAACCAUCUAAAGAUGAAGUAGUUGCUGGCAAACGCAUGAAAAUUGAAGAAAAAGUAGAAAAAGAAAAAAUAAAAACAAAGAAAAUGGAAACGGGUUAAAAACGUACUUUAAACAUAUUUUAAACUUUAUAGGUAGUAAUAUUUCUUAUUUUUAAAUAAAUUCUAA